GCGCUCCCGCUCCGCACCCAGCGCAGGGGCUGGGGGCCGCGCUCCCCGUCCCGUCUCGCUGACCCGCUGGCUUGUCCCGCAGCAGGGCCGCUGGAGGGGAUGGAAUAUUCCUAUGAUGAGGACCUGGACGAGCUCUGUCCGGUCUGCGGGGACAAGGUCUCCGGGUACCACUACGGGCUGCUCACCUGCGAGAGCUGCAAGGGCUUCUUCAAGCGGACGGUGCAGAACAACAAGCACUACACCUGCACCGAGAACCAGAGCUGCAAGAUCGACAAGACCCAGCGCAAGCGCUGCCCCUACUGCCGCUUCCAGAAGUGCCUCACCGUGGGGAUGCGCCUGGAAGCUGUGCGUGCAGAUCGGAUGCGUGGAGGGAGGAACAAGUUUGGACCCAUGUACAAGCGGGACCGUGCCUUAAAGCAGCAGAAGAAAGCUCUGAUCCGUGCCAAUGGCUUCAAGCUGGAGACUGUGCCUCAGAUCAUGUCCCCGGUGCAGAACGACUACAGCCUGACCUCCACCAUCCACAGCAUCCACGCCAUGUCCAAGACCUUGCCGCCCAACCCAGCCGCCCUGACACCCAUUGACUAUGAGCGCAGCCCCUAUGGGACACCUUCCCUGGGAAUGACCAUGCCCAGCCACCCUCCACUCACCAGCUACCACUAUCCCUCCUUCCCCAACCGCGCCAUCAAGUCGGAGUACCCGGACCACUACACAAACGUGCACGAGUCCAUGCCCACAUACAUGUACCCAGAGACCUACCCCAGCAGCUCCCCUCCUGACAUUCCUGACAUCAUCAUGAAGCUGCUGCAGCUGGAGCCUGAUGAGGCCCAGGUCAAGGCACGGAUACUGUCCUGCCUGCAGCAAGAGCAAGGCAAAGGCCGGCACGAGAAGCUCAGCACCUUCGGCCUCAUGUGCAAGAUGGCUGAUCAGACCCUCUUCUCCAUUGUGGAGUGGGCACGGAGCUGCAUCUUCUUCAAGGAGCUGGAGGUUGGUGACCAGAUGAAGCUGCUGCAGAACUGCUGGAGUGAGCUGCUCGUGUUCGACCACGUCUUCCGGCAGCUGCAGCACGGCAAGGAGCACAGCCUGCUGCUGGUCACCGGGCAGGAGGUGGAUGUGUCGACCAUCGCAGCCCAGGCUGGCUCUGUCCUGAACACACUGAUGCUGCGGACACAGGACCUCAUCCUGCACUUGCACUCGCUCCAAGUGGACCGGCAGGAGUACGUCUGCCUCAAGUUCCUCAUCCUCUUCAGCCUCGACGUGAAGUACCUGGAGAACCACAUGCUGGCUAAGGAUGCUCAGGAGAAGGCCAACGCGGCGCUGCUGGAGUACACCCUAUGCCACUAUCCCCACGCCACAGACAAGUUCCGCCAGCUGCUGCUGCGGCUCUCUGAGGUCCGGGCGCUGAGCAUGCAGGCAGAGGAGUACCUGUACCACAAGCACCUCAGCGGGGAGGUGCCCUGCAACAACCUCCUCAUUGAGAUGCUGCACGCCAAGAGGACUUGAGUGCAGCUGCCAGCAUGGACCCGUCAGAGCCCCGGUGCUGCCAGUGGCAUGGCCAGGGCAGGACUCAUGCCCGGGGCUGACGGGCUGGUGCAGCCUCUCCACCCUGCCUUCUCAGUGAUGCUAUUUAACCUGUGCUAUUGGAAGAGUCCCAGAUGGUUUAUUUUAAUACACGGCAAGGACAGUUGAUGGCUCUGGGGCCGUGGGCUCAGCUGCCGGACUGUGCCAUUGGCAGCGCUGCUGCCUGGCUCCUCUGCACACGCGUUGCCUGACCUGUUGCCCACUCAACCCAUCUCUGUAGUGCAGUGGAAGGGUAAAGCCUGUUCUGGCUUUUCUCCUAUUUAUGCUCCUCUCCUGCUGUUCCUCCACCACUGCCAUCCCUCCCUUAACCCUGCCCCAUGUCUCAGGGCCCCUCGUGCACAGGGCAGGGGAGAGGUGAGGUGAAUUUCCCCCCAGGCUGUGGUUUUGCAGUGGUUGGGGUGUCCCCAGGCACUGCCAUAGAGGCAGAGGAUUUCUGCAGGAGCAAAGCAGAAUGCUGAGGCUGGGGCUGGAGAUGUCAGCCCCAAGCAGCCAUACCAGCACCACAAGGUGCACGUGCUGAGGUCCCUGGUCCUCACUCCCCACAGUGCUGAUGCCUGCUCUGCAUCUUGCCACUGUCCUGGCCGAG